ACUCGUUGCUGUGGCAACACUGCCUGUGGUCCAGGCGCACCCAACUGAGUCAUCAUGGCAUUUGGGGAAGUACUUCGCAGGGGGAUUUGCCCGAGAUCUUCUCCUCGUGCCAACGCAGACGGAUGCUCAGUAGGGUGCCUGGAUGUGUUUUCAGUACAUCUUCUACCCCAACUGGAGCAGAUUUAUCCCCACACACAUUUUACACAGUGCUCGAGUCAUCUGCUAGUCCGAAAAAGCUCGGCAGUCGUGCAGAAUUUCGCGCCGUGGAUACUUCAAGCCGCUUUUUCCGCAGAUUAUCGUCAAAACUUUUUUUUUGGUUCUCUCCUUCAUUUUCCUCCACAUACACACAUACACACUUUAUCCCGCACACCACGGACGUUUCAUCAAUUCAAAAGCAAAGGACAUAUCCAAGUGAAGGACCCCACAUAGCGGGGGAGUGGAGGAUAAAUCGAAUUAAUUACAGUGUACACGGAUAUUGAUGGGGAUGAAAUCCAAUUCAGGAGAUGGUUUCUAACUUACUCAUUAAUUCCUCAAGGCAGGGUGUCAUCUGGUGCAAAGAUUUUUAUUGAUUUUCCACCCCAAAAGGCAUCGGAAAGUGUCAAUUUUCGUAAUUAUAUAGGCAUUAAUUGCAAUUCGAUGUAAUUAGAGCCACCGGGGCAUGUGAAACAAUAUGCGAAUUAGCAUUGGAUUAAAAGAUUGGUUUAAAGGGAUGGAUGAGGGGUUGUGAGAUCAAGCGUUGCGGGUGAUGUUGGUAUGUAAGUGUUGCUGGAAAUGUGACCUCAAUAGGGAAUAAUAUUCAUCGAGUGUUCGUUAAGGUACCAGCAGUAUGGAAUAAAUUCUUAAAGUGAUUACAAUGAAAUAUGCUUUCUCAGUGCUUAAGUGAAUUUAUUGGGCGGAAAAGGAAAGGAUUGUGAGCCCUCGAGGGAGCACAGAGGAAAGUUUUCAAUUACAAGGCGGAAUGGCAACAACAGUUCAGCCAGGUCUCCGAUCCGGAGGUCUGCACCAUGCGUCCUCCCUCAGCAAUAUAGAAGCUUCGUCCAAGGGUCACUAUCACUUUCCUGGACGAAGCUACGACUCCGAGGAUGAGAAUAUGGGACGAACGAGAGCGCACACAACCACAUCGACUCAUUUCCUGAAGACAUCGAUUUACUCCAGAGGCGAUAUAAAAGAGCAAUAUUGUCUCUCCGACAGGCAAUUGAGCUCCAUCGAACCACCGCGCCGGGAGAGAUUCUUUGGCUGUUGGUCAGGAAGAGGUGCUCCUCAAUCGUUCUUGGGCGUUUGCGUGGGACGCAGAGCACCAUCAGAUGAGAAUAUCCAUGACUAUGCUCCUAUAUACAAAUACCCCAGGUAUCCACCCCCGGGGCCUGUGCCUCAUGACAUUCUCCUCUACGAUGAGGACCUCGAAAAUUCCUACUUCCGCCGUCGGCCUACGUCCUUUCUCACAGGCGGCGACCCAAAGCGCUACACGUGGAUGCCGGCUGAUGAGGAGGCUGUCCGUCUCGAAGGACCCCGUCCCAUCUGCCCGGAAGACGAUUUCAUGCGUGGCCCAUACGUGGUGGGCUCCUAUCCACCCAAAACGGAACCCAUGUACCUCAGUCAGAGCACCGAACACCUGGCAAGAAUGUAUCACUGUCCCUCACACAUUGGUAUUCCGCCCCCACCCCCGCCGCCCAUUGUGCCUACAGAUGGGGCAAUUAUUGAUGCCCCCAGGACGAAACACGUAAGCUUUGCCCGUUCUCACACACUAACUUCCUUUGAUGAGGCAAUGGGGAUGCGACCCCUCUCACGGAUGGGGAGCACAGCAACACGAAGUCAGGAGCGUCUCAUUGGCGGAAAGAAGCCCACAAUCACUCUCUCGGCACAGCAACUUCCACCCACACAUACCCUCCUGCUCCAACAACCGCAACCACCGCCACCACCCCCGCAGCAGGAGAUUGUCGUGGUGGAAAAAAUCAAGAGGGGUGCAAUGAAGACUCAAGCUACUCAGACGGAGGUUUGUCUUGGCAAGAAGCCACUGCCACCGCACCAUUUAUCACUCAGUCCGCGAACAAUUCACAGGGUGAGAAUGGUGUCUCAGGGUGCUCAGACAAAUGGUAUGAAUGGUCGAACGAAAUUGACGAAGAGUCUAUCAGAGGCGGCAACGAGACAGAUGGGUGUGGGUAUAACACCCACAUCCCCCUUGGAUAUACCACAAUCACCUGGGGAUCAUGAACCGCUGCAUAGAACACAGUCAGAGGAGCCACCACGGUCACCUUUUAGUCUCAUCACACCACCACUUAGCCAUUUACAUGCUGAUAUCCAUUCGCGAACUUCAUCACGACAAAGUCAACUUGAAACAUCACGCAGCGAUAUUUUCUCAUCUGAGAACAUCUUUACACAUUCGAGAAAUCACUCACAAGACAGUGCUGUCACGUCGAAAGCAUCCCAAGAUAGCAUCUCGAUGGUUUUUGAGCCAGCUAUAUCACGUCAAGGGCAGCUGGAGCCGGUACAUCAGCAAUGGGACGGUGGUUAUGGUUACGAAAGCCACAGCUUACCUCGUAGAACAUGUAUUCACCAUAGGGGAGAAGAACGCACAACUAGUACUCUACCUAGAAGAGAUCAUCAGCAUCACGUGCCAUGUGGGCAUGUUACAAUAGGAAGCACAGAGAUGCUUAAUGGAGGAAGUGGAAUAAUACCUGAGAGCAUCCUGAAAGGUAGGAGAAGUUCAGUCGUACGUGAUAGCUCAACGGAAUCCAAUGCUCCAUCUGAACGUCUCCCACGUCGUAUGUCCUCCUAUGUUCCUGUCCAAGAAACUCACGCACAACUCCGUAGAGCCUCACAUCAUGUCAUCUCACCAGAAAUUCAUUCCCUAUCGCGUCGCAGUUCAGCCAAACCACCACCACCAGCAUCGGAAGAAUUCUGUUCAACUUGCGAAUCGGAAAGUGAUUCAAAGACAGACCGUGAGGAGAAGGAGAUUUUCAUUGAUUUCAAGCCAAACAUUUCACCAAUCUCAAGUCCUCAGGCUAGGAAGAAGCGCCUCCAGAAAACCCUCUCUGAAGGGGAGAUUCUCCUCGAGAAGCGUCGAGAGAGCACACUGGACAUAGGAAUGGGUAUGAUGUCGGCAAGUGAUGAAGAUAUCAAUGCACAGCUAGAGCGACAGGAAGCCAAAGAGCACUAUCAGUACCGUAGCUCUCCCAUUAAGGAUGAGGGUAUAUGCAAUAAGCAAAAUCUUCUGACAAUCCCUCAGGUUGGGGCAGAGAAAACCCUUCGGUAUACAAAGGAAUCCUUUAGGAAGCGAUCGAUUAGCCUAGAGGAUCCAACGAUUCUAGAAGCUGGGACGACUUCUGGGACGGGAACUGAUAAAUCAACUCCACCAUCACCCUGCCCCGAUGGAUUAUCUGUUCAAGGGCGUUCGGCUUUUCCUUCAUCAGACUCCAUUGCAGCUGAUCUCACUAGGGAUCAUUCUGAUGGGAUUUGGAAUGAGUCUCAAAUCACAGUUCUGACUAAUGAGCAAAGCCCUUCAGACUCUGGUCCAUCUUUGCUAACUCCAACCACUCGUCGGAAAAACCUUAUUCUCCAGCAUCAACAGAGAAGCUCAAUGGAUACAGAUGCUCUCGAAUUGGAACAAGAAGCUGAUCAGGCUCCAGUUAUUGUCACCAUGGCCACAGCAAUGACUCAAACAUCCAGCUCUGCUGUACCGAUUGAGGCACUCUCAAAGGCCUCUUGGGCAGGUGCGAGACCAUCCAUCAGUACAUGCUCAGCCGCUAUUGGGCCCACUCCAUCCAUAGCCGUGACACCGUCUCUCAGUAUGGAGCAAGAAGAGAAGAGCCCGAGACUUGAGAUAAGACGCACAUCGAGAACACUCUCACCAUCACUUAGGCGCGAAGUUCGAAAAUCAAGUCUUCAAUUUGAAAUAUCACCUCACACUCAUAGGAGACAGGAAUCUCCGGAGCAGAAUGGUGCUGAACACGGUAGCAGGAUGGAAAUAGCCAAGAACAGUACGGACAUAUCGGAGGGAAGCACAAACACGGAAGAUUACAUCACGUGCACGGAUAACUCGAAACGUGCUCAAGGUAUUAAAAUGUCAGGAGCUAGUUCUUCAUCAACCACACAGGUUCCAGUUUCAGCACAAAGUUCUCAGACGGCGACAGUGCAAGAUGGUUCGUCCUUCGAAAGUGCCUCAUCUAUCUAUAGUCUGGCACGCGGAGAUGCCGUCUGUGAUGAUACUGUUGUGGUGGACGAGCAAAAGUUGAGCCCAACCCCAACUUCUCACUCCAUGAAGCAUUCUCCAGCUCAUUCGGUUAGCAGUAGCUCAUCUGGGAGUUACAGCUUGAAGGACUUUCCGCGUACAAAGACAUCCCCUUCGAGAGCACCUAAAGGUGCGGCUGCUGCUGCUAAACCUAAACACGAGUCAAUAUCAGAUGAUGAGCGAAGUGAGAAGAGGUACUCCAGUUCGGGGUACUACGAGAGCCCCCAUGAGGAUGGGGCAGAAGUGAAGGUGGUCAGAGGGAGACGAAGUCGCGAUUGGAAUGAUGAGGAGAGGAGACGUAAAAAGGGUACAAUGAAGUUGGACUUUGAUAAGGAUGCUGCAGCAGAAAAGACCUAUACAUCUCCGCAUGCAAAGUCAGGAGCAGUCUUCAAACAAAUCAGCCCAGAUGAUAGAACAGCUUUAAACAUUCUCGAUGGUACAAGCCCAAGCAAAGCCAAGAGAUUUCGUCCCAAGACAAGAAGGUUUGUCCCUAACUCUAGAUCGCCGAGAAAUCGAAGUGCUUCAGGGGAGGAUACCCUUAUUCGACGCAUUAAAACACCAGCUAUACGAAGUCCGGAACAAACCCCAGCCACACAUGUGGCAACCAAAAUUAGCCCGUCCAAGUAUCCAACGAUGUCGCCUCACCAGCCGCCUUACAGUCCAACUGGAUCACCGCGAAAGCACAAAGAACUCUCACCCGGUAAGCGUCUCAAGGCGCUCUCAACGGAAUCUCUUCGUUCUGUUUCUCCUGGCUCCGAUUCCGUCUUCUACAGCGAAGCUGAUGCAAUGUCUGAGCAUCAGGUUCACUGCCAUCACUGUGGGAAGGAAGUGGAGAUCAUUACAGCAGCUGCAGGUUCUCAGGAAUCACUGAGAAUGGUCGAGGAUGAAAGAGCAGAAAUUGUUCAACCUCCUGCUGGUUUUGCAGAUUCUCCAGAUGGUGUCAGAGCUCCCCAUCAUACGAGACUCUACAAGAAGUUGGAUAAGCGUUUUCGCUCUGAGGAGAGGCACGGAGAUCGACGUCACUAUAGGAAUCGCACAGACACGAGGGCUAAGAGUGAAGAACGUGGUAAGGAGGAGGUGCCAAAGAGUGUUCUACGACCAGCAGGAUCGAGUCCCUGUGUUGUUCCUGUGGAUGACUUCAAUCCGCGAGAACAGCAAGCAGAUCCAGAACAGGGUAUCUACCAUGGGUUCUAUCGUCUUGGUACGUGGAUUUGUAUUGCAAAUAGAGACGUUUGGAGACGCCAUGAUGGACCUACAAUGGAAGUACGAUUCUCAGAUCAGCCACGUGAGUUGACGGAGAGACGAGGUUCGACGGAAUCAGAGAAAGAUUUCAAGAAGAAAUAUCAGGCAAUCACUCAUCGUCUGGUCCAUCGGCGGUCAUGUGUUGAAAUGUACCGACGACAGAGCAUCAACAGCUUUGACACAGACAAAACAGUGGUGGUGUGCCGGGAUUCCGGGGAGUUUGGCUUUAGGAUUCAUGGCUCGAAGCCCGUCGUGGUGUCUGCCAUUGAGCCAGAUACCCCAGCUGAGUCGUCGGGUCUCGAAGUUGGGGACAUUGUUCUCUCCGUCAAUGGGAUUUCUGUGAUCGACAAGAGUCACUCGGAAGUCGUGAAAAUUGCUCACGCGGGCAGUGAUACGCUAGAACUGGAGGUUGCACGCACAAUUGGGAUGCUCUCAGCCAAUGGAGCUGACAAUGCGGCAAUCUAUUCGGGGUAUCUCCUGAGACAGAGUGGCUACGCCAGUGGGAAUGUGAAUGCUGGAAAAUGGGUCAGGAGGUGGUUCACCCUCCGCCCCGACCAUUGUCUCUAUUUCUACAAAACAGACGGGGACUCUCAACCAGUUGGUGCCAUUCUCUUGACCAACCACAGGGUGGAGCACUGCUCCAGCAAUGAGGUGGGCAAACAAUUUGCUUUCCGCAUUGAGGGACCAGAAGCUCCACCACUCAUCCUGGCAGCCGAUACGGAAGAUGCUGUCAAUCGAUGGGUUGCCGUGAUGAGUCAUGCUUCCCAACAGAGUGAUCCAUGGUUGGAGGUCAGCACGCGAAAUCUCCGCUUGUCACCAAAUUGUGUUCCUCGCCCAGACUGUUUUGGGUAUCUCCUCAAAUUGGGCAGUCGCUGGCGUGGCUGGUCAAAGAGAUAUUGUGUCCUCAAGGAUGCCUGCAUGUACUUCUACCACGAUAGCAAUAGCAAGAGUGCAUUCGGUAUGGCCUGUCUUCAGGGCUACCGUGUGCAACCGACAAGUACUGCUGGGGGGAAGAAAUAUGCAUUUGAGGUGGCACCUCCGGAACCCAAGCUCAGGCAUUACUACUUCUCAACCGAAACGGAAAUGGACAAGAAAAGAUGGGUUGCAGCACUCGAGUACUCCAUUGACAGGUGGAUGAAGGCGGGUUGAAGGUGGUUUUGCAAAAAUUUGUGAUUCCACAUUUUGGCGUUACUUUUUUGUGGCACCAAAAAGGAGAGUUUCUAUCUUAAUAAAUUUCUUCAUAUAGUAGCUACAUUUUACGCAAAAUAUCCGAGGUUUGUUAGGAAAUGGUCAAAAGCACAGAAAAUAAGGUCCUUUGUAGAAAUUCUUGUGAAUGUAUUCUAGUGUAUACAUUUUAGGUAAUUGUCGUUAAUGUUGAAGAAAUAUGUAUCACGUAUAAAAAUUCAGGGGGCAAUUAAAUGGUCAAAUCACGUUCAAUUCAAGAAUGAAAAAUUAGUUAUUCUGAAACAAAUUAGUUGCAAAAACUGAAACAGAAUUUCCUUUUUAAUCAAUAAAAGCAUUGAAUCUUCUUUGAAAUUUUACAUAAUUUGUUUUUACAAAUUUGAUUAAAAAUAUGAAAAAAAAAUUAAGUAAUUGAUUACUAAACAAAAAAUAAAAUCAAAACUUCCCGGAAGCAUUUGUUUGCCCCUUGAAAAAUUCACACAGAGAAAAGCGAUUGCAUUUUGGACUUAAUACAUAAAUCUAUGUAGUUGUGUGAAAAAUACGAAAUGGGAAAUACGAAAUCGUAAAAAUAUCUUAUGCGAAGUCUAAUUUGUUGAUUCAAAAAAUAAUAAAAAAGGAGAAAAUGAAAAAAUGUAGCACUGACCAUUUAAAAAAUUUUAAUGUGAAUAUUGAAGUGAAGCAAAAUAGAAUAUAAAAUGUAUUUUCAAUGUUAGAGCUUUAAUUCUAAAUGUAAAAAAUAUUUUUUAAUAAAAGAAAAUAAAGUUAAAAAAAAAUAAAUAAAUCAAUGGAGAAAGGACCAUAAACAAAUAUAAAAAAUAACAUUUUGUUUAAAAUCCUUUUAUUGUUGAGUUUUUUUUUUAUUAAUUCAUUAUAUUUACAUUUUAUUUAUAUCUUUUAAUUUAUUGUUAAAUAUUCUGAUUUAUAAAAAAAACAAGUCUAGGCUAAUCUCCAUAAUUUAAACAUAAAAAAGUGUUACCAUUAUUUCAUAUCAAUGCACAAAAAAAUUUUAGAGAAAUAUAUUUAAAAAUCUAAAAAUAAUAUUGAAGUAAAUUUAAUGAUAAUUUGUUAUGUACCUAAAUGUUAGUCGAAUUACGGGAAGUCACUAAAAGUGCUUUUAAAGAGAGAAAGAGUAAAGUUGGUAAAUGUUGGAAAGGUGUUUAAUGUUUGUUAAAAUUAUAAUAUAAUUUUUUUGUAAAUGGAAUUUAUGUUUUACCAAAAUGAAGCACAUAAAAAAAUUCUAAUUAAACAGAGAGGAAAAUCGCCCAAUAAACAACAAAGACUAAAAUGAAAAAGUUAAAUAUAGAAGAAAUAAAACGAAAAAAAAUAUUGCGUAUAUUAGAUUUUAAAAAGAAAAACUUACCGAAAUUAUAAUAUAUUCCAAAAAAUGUAACUUUUAAGGACAUUUUAGGUCGUACAUGAAUGAAUAACCCCAAAGAAAUGAAACUGACGUGAAAGAAGUUGUUGUAAUAAAAAAUAUAUCUGUAUUAAUAAGUGUUACUAGUAAAGCCAAGAAAAAAGCAAGACACAAUUACAUUAAUGUACUGUCGAUGAUAUUUCAAAAAGUAAUUAAUUAUAUAGCUGUGGCAGAUAGAAAAAGCAGAAAAGAGUUUGAAAAAAUUUGGGUGGUAUUCACCCCUUUUGUUACAUCGCGAAGUGAAUGCAAAAAAAAAUCGUGAUGGAUUAAAAAAAAAUAGACAUUCGUUUUGAUGAAUAUUUGAAUUUUAUGUAGAACUUUUAUUAGGUGAAAGACAAAUGAGGCAGAAAUGGAAGGAAUAUUUAAUCAUCUCUUAUCUCAACUUGAUGUCAAGAAUAGACGUCGUGUAUGAAAAAUUUAUUGGAUGACGAGAGUAAAUAAACUUGGAAUGAGAAAAGAAAAACAUCUCCUCGACUACGAUGAACUACAACUCACUGCCAAAGAAAUGUUUGAAGAAAAAAAAUGUGGAUGAGAAACUUUAAAAAAGGGAGAAAAUAUAAUAAAUCCUAUAAAAUUAAGCAAAUU